AUGCCAGAGAUAGCGAACGGCUAUGCUGGCCGAUCGCACUGCUGGCGAUGGCGUGAUGCCAUGUGGCAAGACACGUUCCCACCGAGCCAACAGAAUCCUCAGCCUCCACAGGGCUUUCUGGUAAAAUUCGUAGCGAGCAGCGGCUCUCCCGGCAUCGUUGAGACUCGGAUCGUCGUCGAUCUGGCGCAUUCGAACACCGUGGAGUUGCAUGAAGAAGUUGAAAACGCCGCGGACAAUGUCCGGCAGGUAGGGGAAUGCUGUCUCGUGGAAAAGGACUCUCGCCGCCCUCACAAAGCGCAGGUGCGGCCGGCGCACGAUUUCUUGGACUCGGGUCGAGCUUCCAGGUUCGCAAUCGGGGAACUGAAACUCACGGCUUUGGUCAUGUUGGCUCUGUUGGACCAGGGCCAUGUUGACAAUAUCUUCGACUUGGGGGAUCAAGGUUGGAAGAAUGGCGUGUUUGGGAGCUUGAUGGGAAGACGGCGGCCGGUUCAAGUUGUCACCAAGUUGCAGCCAGAAUGGCAGCCAAGGUACUCGGCCUGGCCAGUCUUGAAGGAAGUAAGGCAAGAGGCGCCGUUCUCGACCACCCAUAUAAGCUGCAUAGCAUUAAUCACGGACAAGGUGGCCUUCCGAAUUGCGCCACUGGCGGCGUACGUCCUAAUUGAAUAUCUCCCAGGCCCGCCUCACAGGCAUUCAUCGCUCUCUAAUAUUCCCCAGGAAGGAGGCGAAGCCCCAACGGCCUCACUGCGAUCGCCGGAUCCAGCGAGACCAGAACGAGCCUCGAAUCUCGCCCGCCUGGCGCUCCCCGAGCGUUUGGCAGCGGCGGGCAACAUCCACCUAUUCAGCAAGAAGCCAGUCGGUCCGGGGCACAAGCCGUUUGCCUACAAUAUUUACCUCGCCACUCUGCAGCGUAUGGUGCUUGGGCAGCAGCGGAGCGAGCUGGCAGAGAUUGUGUCCAACAUCUACACGGGCGGGAUCGCCGAAAAUGACUUGAUGCACAAGGCGAAGGAGCUGCUUACCGACUACUGCAACGCUGUUCGUGACCAUGACUUCAUGGCCGAGCGGCUGAAGCAAGCUCAAGAUAACGACGAGGACGAUCCGUUUGAGAUCUCGACGCGACACGUUCUAGAUCUCUGCCUGAUGAAAGACGCGGGUUUGGUGCCGCUGCUGCAGCCCCAUUGUGAGGAGCUCUUCUCCCAAGCUACCGACAGAAGCAAAUACAAGGCGCGAGUCAACAUUCUUCCCAGCACUUCACGUCAUAUCCUCGACAGAGUCACGGCCCAACAUCAUAUCUUGAGCGUCUUGGGAUGGGGCUGGCGGGCGGAGCUGCCCUAA